AUGUCACCAUCAAAUGGAGGUCCAGUUCGACCCAGCCCCCCAGAUGGAGGCUGGGGUUGGGCAGUGGUUACUGGAGCUUUUAUUUCUAUUGGCUUCUCUUGUGCAUUUGGCAAAUCUAUUUCUGUAUUUUACAAAGAAAUUGAAGAAAUAUUUAAUGCCAGCACCAGCGAAGUGUCAUGGAUCUCUUCUAUUAUGUUCGCUGUCAUGUAUGCUGGAGGUCCUAUCAGCAGUAUCCUGGUGAAUAAAUAUGGCAGUCGUCCAACCAUGAUUGUUGGUGGCUGCUUGACAGGCUGUGGCUUGAUUGCAGCUUCUUUCUCCAACACUGUACAGGAACUUUACUUGUACAUUGGAUUCAUUGGAGGUCUUGGGCUUGCCUUCAACUUGAAUCCGGCUCUGACGAUGAUUGGCAAGUAUUUCUACAAGAGGCGACCAUUGGCAAAUGGACUGAGCCACCCAGGCACCCCAAUAUUUCUCAUCUCUGUGGCCUCAGUGUUGACACAAUGCUUGGAACAGCAUAAUUCCUCAGAUACUUACAGAAUCGAAUUACAUUGA